AUGGACCUCAACUUACUCAUAUAUGUCGAUGAUAUAACCCUCAUGAGUUCAGAUGCCACUUUGAGUACUACCAUAAAGGAUUUUUUGGAGACAAAAUUUAGAAUUAAGGACCUCAGCUCACUUAAAUACUUCCUUGGCAUGGAAGUGGGAUGCUCACAAACUAGCAUCCAACUUAGCCAACAUAAAUACGCGUUGGAAAUUCUCUCUGAGACAGACAUAUUGGCAUCUAAGCCUUCUCCCUUGCCGGUGGAACCCAACAUCAAACUCAAAAAGAAUGAAGGUGAAGUCUUUCCUGACCCUGCCCUUUACCGAAAAUUAGUUGGUAAGCUCCUUUAUCUAACCAACACACUGUCAGACCUGAGUUACAAUAUUAAUUUGCUUAGCCAAUUCAUGGAAAACCCACGUGUUCCUCAUUAUGAUGCCAUCAUCAAAGUGCUCAAGUAUGUCAAGAAUACUCCAAGACAGGGCAUUUUCUUCCCUGCUAGUUCAACAAUGGAGCUCGUUUACUCAGAUGCUAAUUGGGCCAACUGCCCAAACACAUGUAGAUCAACCACUACAUUUUGCGUGUUCAUUGAUAACUCUCUGGUCUCAUGGAAGUCCAACAAGCAUAACACUAUCUCAAGGUCAUGUGCUGAGUCCAAAUACAGAGCAAUGGUUGUAGUCGUAUGCAAGCCCACAUGGUUUCGCUACUUACUUUCUGACCUAUGUAUCACCAUCAAAACACCUGCUACUCUAUAUUGUGACAACACGGCUGCCCUAAACAUUUUCGCGAGCCCUUUUUUCACGAGUGCACAAAGCAUAUUGAGCUAG